AGGUGAUAAGUUGGAGUAACUUGGUGGAUGAUUUGAAGAUCUUUGAACCAGGAUAUAAUCAACAUGACACAGCAAGUCCUCAUUGAUCCUCUGCAAGAGUCAGAAAUACUCCAGUCAUCAUCUUCUGAGAUAAAUCAUCAAGGCAGUGGGUCUUCAUAUCAACUGGUUGAUCUCGAUGCCACCAAAAAUAGAUCCAACAUUCUUAAAAGGACUAAUUUCCGUCAGGAAGAGCGGAAUGCCCUGGUGUCCCUCAUCUCAGAGUACAAGUGUGUCUUGGAUCGUAGAGUUUCAAAGGACGCUGGUAUGAAGUGGCGGCCAUCAAACCUGACUCCCUCAGAAGCAUGGCAUUUGAUAACUGAAAAGUAUAACAGUCAACCAGGGUUCUGUAAAAGGGACGCCUCUCAACUCCGCAAGUGUUGGAUGAAUAUGAAGGCACGUUCACAAUUUUCAGUGGCACAGAGACGGCAACUUGGACUAGAAUGCUCUUCUUCAAGGCCGCCCUCUCGGGGCUUUAAGUCAAGACAAAAUGUGCCAGUCAGGCUCAGAAACACUAGCACCCCAACUCUCCUCAACGCUCGAUCUUUUACCAGUCGAAAAUCCAACCAUGGCAGGACAAGCAAUUCCACUCAACUGAAGGUCAAAAAGGCUGUAAAGCAGCGUACACAGCAGGAAGGAGGAUACAAUCCACAUAACGCACAACGGAGGGGGUAUCAUGUUACAAAGCCAGCACAGGAGUUUUCCAACUACCAAGGUGACUCUGAUCUGCGGCAGUUUGUACUACAGAACAAAAGAAACAGCCAACGACAGCCGCAGCCUGUACGAAUACAUAGAUCAGUAGAUGACCCACAAUCUAGGGGAGUCCAGGGAUUAUCCGAACUGAGAACAAAUCAGGGAUACCUCAUACAAGAUUUAAGAUCAGCAGAUCAGCGUAGUAGUAACAUUCAGGGACAACCUCAGAUGAUAACAGUAUCGCAGAGCUUUGCACAGAGUUCAAACAGAUCACGGCCGGUAGCAGGGCAGCCACGCACCAUUUUGUCACAAAUGGAGCAGUUCUCACCUCCUAUGCCACAACGAUUGAUGUCAAAUACCAUCACUGUUGGAGAGUUCUUGGGAAAGGCAGUUGAAGUGAGGCCUGAUGACACUCAAGCCCAUUACAGCACUUCUGCCGAAGCUACCAGUUUAGAUGUGUCAUUGCAACCUCUGCAUUCAGAGGACAAUCAUGGGUCUGCUCCGGAAUCAACAGCUGAUGAAUCGUCUAUUACUUACCAGACUGUUAGUCAAGUGAGAUCCAUUGAUAGUAUGGCUGACCUUGAGUCUGUUCUUGAUACAGGAGGACCCAUCAUAUCAAACGUCACAACUAUUAGCAAUGCAAGACACAAAGGAAGGGAAGAAACAAAUGACAAGGAUGUGGAAGAAAUUCAAAUCAUUAUCAAAACGGAAGAUGAAGAUCUUGAACAGACUUCUUCAAUAGGCACACAAACCAGAUCUGAAAGAGAUGAAUUGAGAGGGAAAGGAGCACCAAGAGGGGCUCAUAAGCAUAUUCAGCAGGAAAAUGGCAAAGGGUCAAAGAGCAGUACUGAUUCUUCAAUUAAGAAGCCAAGAAAGAUCUCCAUAGUCAUGGGAACACAAACUGAAAUAGUCCCUGAAGGUAAUGAUGAUGGCAUCUUGCAGGCGAGUAGAAAUAAAAGAGAAUCUGUGGAUGGAAAUCGGUCUGAAAAAACAAACACUGGUGAGGUUGUUCUUGCCGAAUCAAUAUCUACUUCACACGACAAAAAUGAAGAUGGAAUGUUGCAGAUAGAACCACAUUAUAUAGAGGAUGAUAUCAUGGAGCAGGAUGACAGUUUCAUUCCUGUGGAAACGGAUCCAAAGGAUCAGGAUAUUGAUGUCCACCUUGACCAAACCGAAGAUCCUCGUGGCACCUUUGAAGAGAGCAAACACCUGAAAGAACAUGAAAACAAGGAAGGAACUGGCUAUGAUUUUGCUGAUGAAGAGAGAAAAGCACAGGUGGAUCUGCUCUUUUAUGAAGUGGAGAAAGCGAAAGAGGAUGCAGGAGCUGCCAGGUGUCGGCGAGAGCUACUUGAAGUGGAGUUACAGGCAGCAAAGCAGCAGAUGGAGCUGACGAGAAGGAAGCAAGAGGCGGAGAUAGAGCUCAUGCAGGAGAAAGUUCGUCAAGAAAGAGCCAAAGCUGAUAACAUGCUGAAGACUCAACCUCCUAAUGAAAAGUAAUUCUGUGUAAUAUACGUACGCACCAGGGAACUAAGAAUAAGGUAGAGGCAUCAGGGUUUUAUCGCACAAAAACUUACUACUAAGAUUUAACUACCAUCAGAAAACAGGGCUCAAACACCAAUCAAAAUCAAUGUUUCCAUCACGUUUUAUGCAGUGGGAAGGCCUGGGGCCCGUCUUACAAAGAGUCGCGAUUGAUCCGAUCGAUACUAUGGAAAGCUAGCAAAGUCAACAUAUAGAUGAAUGUAUGUUUGUUCAAAAUAUUUUCUAGAUAAGAAUGUAUAUCCAUGAAUUCAUUGAUUUCUUGACAAUUUGUUGUGUUCUCCUUUGUUUACAAAGGACAUUUUGCAAAUUUCCUGUACUGAUGGAUUUCCAUAGAAUUACGAUUGAUUGGAUCAAUCGCAACUCUUUGUAAGAUGGGGCCCGUCUUACAAAGAGUUGCGAUUGAUCGGAUCAAUCGCAACUAUGGUAAGCCAGCAAAGUCAACCUAUAAAAUGCAUGUUUGUUCAAAAGAUUUUCUAGAUAUGAAUGUAUAUCCAUGAAUCCAUUGAUUUCUUGACAAUUUGGUGCAUUCUCCUUUGUUUACAAAGGACAUUUUGCAAAUUUCCUGUAGAAAAAAUUAUGACACUGCUGGAUUUCCAUAGUUACGAUUGAUUGGAUCAAUCAAAACUCUUUGUAAGACGGGGCCCUGGUCUGUGUUUUUCGCUCUCCUAAAAUCAAGGAACAACAAUUAAGAUGUGGGACUACAGUAGCCAUGACCCAUUUCCUAUUUAGAUCUGUUUAUGUUCUGAAGGUCAUUUUUGUGCAGGGAUUCAAGUGAUGAUAGCUGAAUAAUUGAAAUGAAGCAAACUAUGGUGAUCUUUUCUUGCAAGAGGGCAUUGCCCAAGAGCAAGUCAAAAUAAAGGAAAUUUAAUCACACAAAAAAGUGGGGUGGUCCAAGUUAGUAUGGAACUAUGAAUAUCAUCUCAACCUUAAUGCUGCAGAAAAAAAAAAUCUUGCCAAAAAUGUCAUAUAAAUUGGACAUGUUAAAAAAUGAAGCUCAAGAUUUAUUGAAGCUAUAGUUCAAAACUGACAAAAAAUCUUUCAAGGUAAGAAUAUCCAAAGUAAUAGUUAAUAAUUAUCGAUUAAAAAAAAGGUCACCAGAUAUGUAGAAUGAAUAUUGCCAAUAUGUGCAUACGAGAAAAUCAUGCUGGAAUUAUUUCAACUCCUUUUUGAAGGUUCGAGACAUAUCAUCACCCAGUAUCUGCCAUUUAAAUAUAGAAAUUGGACAAAAUAACCCCUAUUUCACUAAACACUUAUCCAUCAAAGAUGUCCAUUAUAUAAUUACUGAUUAUAUAGACUGUAUACUCCAAAGUUUAAAGUAUUUGUUAGCAUUAUCCAUUUGUUUCAUUAAAAAAUAGACGAGGCUCAGUAGUGGACAAUAUAUGAAACUAAUCACUCAACAAAAUGUGCAUUCCACAGAGGCUUUUAUUCAUUUUCACAAUACAGUCAAGACAAAGACAAAAAAAAAGUUAUAUCUAGCACAAAAUAUACAAUAUUGAGGAGGCAAUGGUACGCAGCCAAUAUGCUGGAAGGUUGUUGUACACGGUUGUGUCUUUGGGUGCAGAAGUAAUUACAUAACAAAACAAGAAAACCAAAAUAAUUAAGGCACAAAUUUACGCUUUUUUUUCAUGCUUUUGGUGUUGGGCGAGUUAUUUAGUAUCUUAGUAAACAUCAUAAUUGAUAAUUCCACUGAUACUAGCUAAAAUUACCUCCAAUUUUUUCAAGAUUUUACUUAUAUGCCUCUCUAUUGUUUUAAUAGGAUAUUAUUAUUGAGCUCUAUUAUAACAAUACUGCUUUUACAUUGUGUCUAUGAACUCAGCUGAACACAUAUAUUCAUGACGGAAGGUUCUCAUAUUGAUUUCCUAGAUAUAUGUCUAACCAAUAAAUAACUUGUGACAUUCAACACAAUUUUAUUUUCACUUAUCUGAUUACAUCAGGACAGCUUUCAUAUAGCUCUUUCAAAAACAUUUAAAGGGUACAGACAGAUAAACAAUGUACUAUGUCAGGCAUUUAAUUUCAUGACAUAGGACUGAUUUCAUCAAUCGAAUUAACAAUAAUAUUUAAACUUCUAUAGGACACAUUUUCUUUCAACAUGUGGCACUAUCUACAGAAGCGGCAGUUUGGUAUGCACACAUAUUUGCAUAUGGACCCUUUCUGUAUUUUUUCUCCAUUAUAUUAACUACUUGAGAAUGUUUGAGAACGUUAAACCAUAUUUAGGCCGGGGUAUUUUGGCAGAUCAUGUUGCCGAGGGAGGGGGCUCACACCCCCCUUGAGAUCUCGGCCGUCGACCGCACCAAAAUUUGGCACGCAGUUUGUCUGGGCCAUAAUCUACAAAAUUGUUCAGCAAUUUAUUUCAUGCAAAUUGCUUGUAAUUAGUAUACAAAAUUAUAAAUAAAGCUCCAGAUGUGCUAAUUUUUGGUGUAGAAAAAAUUGUGAUAUUAGAUAAAUUUCUUAUUGUUUUUUUUUGACAAACUUUGCUGGGGACUCUUCAGAUCAUAAACGGCAUAAAAUAAAUCCAUUUAUAACAGUUAAACUGGUUGAAAACGCACAAAAUUACUAUUUUGAGCAGUUUUCAGUCUGACAUGCACUUACAAAAUGUUAAGUAAUUUCGGAACUGCAUACCCAGGCAUUGCAAAUCUUGAAUCAAAAGGUGCGCAAGACUUGAAAGUAAAAAGUCCGCUAGUUGCACGGUAACAUUUUUUCUGCACAGCGAAAAUAUUGCGCGAAUCGUUGACUGGGGGGGGGGGGUCUCCACUCCCCCGGGGCCUAGAUAGGGUUGAACUUUUUGAUAUGGACUAGACAAUGUGGUGCUUGAAUCAUGAGUCUCGCUUGAUUUCGCAAUCAAUAAAACAUGAAAUAUAAACUUUUGGCCCCACCAUCAACACACAUGUGGUAUUACCCAAGGAUCAUUUGUACCAAGAGUGUGAGACCAAGUAACAAAAACCUUUUUCAAAUGUAACAAAUAUUACAGACUAACAGGAAGAGUUAUUACAAGGUCUCUGCCAAGACAACAACAAAAUUAGGUUCAAUAUGUAUUGCAGGGGGGGGGGGUCAGAGCUACAUACUUUAAGGAAUUGUAGUCAUUACAAACAGUUAAUACCUUUAAUGACUGUAUAAUUAUAAUUGUGUAUGCUACCUGACUGAUACACUUCAUCAUCAGACAAUUUAACAUAAUACAAAAAAAAAAAUCUAACUUCAACUCCACAUGAGCGAGUAGAUUAUACUUAACAUUGAGAAUGGUUCAUUGAGAACAAAACCAUUAUCUGAGAAAAAGAAAAGAAAAAGUUGGGCAAUUUCUAAAUAUACAGUUUACUACAUGUAUUUAUGUUUCGCAUGUUAUUUAUCUACACAGUGACUCAUUUCAAAACAGGUCUUCAAUGUCUAUUCCUGAAACAAAAUCAUUCAUUUCUUCACACAGUAACAUACUUUAAGAUGCACACAAAAAGGGGUAAUCUUUUAAUCUAAAUAUUUAUAAAUAAGACAGUUACAUGUUUGUAAUAUAAUGCUCCUGUAAUAAAAUUGAUUGAUUUUUUUCUAGC